AUGAAGCUUGCACUAACGAAGCUUUACUUCGGUCUAGCUGGCGCCGCGCUCAAGCGCAAACCGAAUAGUCCACUUUACGCGAAGACGAGCUUAGGUGACUUAGAGGAGCCCACAGCUGCACAUUGGUUGAUCACAGAGCUGUGUGCUGAUUCCACGCUUUACAAUCUAGGCCAGAACGUGGCGGCUGCCCUACCCGAACCCGAAUCAGAAUCCCUACCCGAAUCCGAAGAAAGCGAUGACGGCGAGGAGUCUGAAUGA